UCUGCCACUACAACCAUCACGUCUUCCAGUCCUGCAUAUGCUCUCCACUCGCUUCCACGCACGCGUGCAAUCUCUGACGUUGAUCGGACGCCGCGCCCGCAAGGGCUCGCUCGCCACCACCACGUCCAUCGACGAGCUGAGCCUUGCGUCGGUCAUCUGCCGACUCGUCCUCGCGCCGUACCAUGCCAUGUUCCUCCCCCUCUCUCUCUCUCUGGCAAAGAGACGAACAGGUGGUGGGCGUCACGGUGCAGUGAAAUGGUCCACAGUGAUUAAUGAUACCAUUGCAGUUACAGGGGCUCUGUUGCAUGGUUGGAUCAUUGGACUGAUUGUUAUUAUAGAUUUAUCGGUUAUAAAAAUAUUAGCAUAAAUCAUCGGUGUUUUUUUCAUUUAAAUUUAUUUCCAAAUUCGAAUUAAAAUGAGUGUGAAAAAAAAUGGCACAGUGCGUGACAGUGGAACUGGCAGAGGUCGCUGAAGGAAGAGAGAGACACGACGACGACGAGAGUUUAAAAAAGGCAGAAAGAGGCUUCUCCUUUGCAUUUACGGACCAUGGAUUCCUUCAGCUUCCUCAAAUACUUACGCAGCGGCGGCGGCGGCGAGGCUUCCUCCCCUGCCGUUGACCUGACCGGCGCCGGCUCCACCCUCGCAGCCUCCGUACUCUGCUCCUCGGGCGAUAACGAGGAGGAGGAGGACGAUGAUAGCGGGGACGACGAGGGGCCUUUUUUCGACCUCGAGUUUGCUGCCGUUUCAGACGGCGAGGAAGAGGAUGCGUCGGAAGAGAAGAGUCUCGAGGAGAUGACUGGCGCGGGAAAGGAGGUGGAGAGGGAGUUUAACUUCGCUGUGAGCUCCGAUGGAAGCGGCGAUGGGGUGGGUUUUGAUACCUUGUCCUCCUCCGAUGACCUGUUGUUAAAAGGAAAGUUCGUUCAUUUCGACCCUUCUUCCAUCGUAGUCGCUGACGGCAGUGGUUCCGAGGCUGAUUCGAAGCCCCAGUUGCCGGCGUACUUCCUCCGGACCGCCACCAAGUUCCGCGUCUUCUUGCUCGGGCUUCGAAAGCCGAAGUUAUUGCCAGCGGAGGACGAGCCCGCCGCAGAAGUCUCCGCCUCCGUAGCGACGGAGGCAGCGGCGUCGGCAUCCCCUAAGAAAGAGCAACUCCAGCAAAAUAAGUUUUUUAUAAAGUUCAAGGUGGUGGAAGCCCCCUUAGUCUCUUUCUUCUUGAAUGACGGCGGUUCCCGCAGCACUGGCGGAGGCCGUGCAGCCAAGCCCCUGGCGGAGGAGUCAACCGUCGCUGGCGCACCGACCACGGAGGCAGAGAAGAAGCUGGUUCGAGAAAUGCUGCAGAAAUACCUCAACAAAAUUAAGCCGCUCUACGUUCGCGUGUCGAGGAAGUACGCAGAGAGGCUGCGGCUCACCAGCCAUCUACCUCCGGCUGCCGAUGCGGUGGCCGCAGAGCCUAUCGCUGCCGAGGUCGAGGCCGAGGAGACAGACGCGGAAUCCGAAGACGCACCGCCACCUCCGCCGCCGCAGGCAGAGGAAGCCGCCCCGCCGGUUACGCUGCCAGCUGAAGAAACGCUGGAGCCUUCGCCGCAACCUGUAUCGUUCGCGGUCGCGGGCGGCGGCAAAAUCCUGGCUGCAGGGUUAAGAGUAGUCUGCAAGAGGCUUGGAAAAAGCCGCUCCGCGUCGGCUGCCGUGGCGGCGGUUCCUUCGCCGCCUCCUCGCCGGCGCGACGACUCUCUCCUCCAGCAGCAGGACGGGAUUCAGAGCGCCAUCGCGCACUGUAAGCGUUCGUUCACCGUCGCGGAGCAAAGUUCCGAGACUCCGCUGGCGAGAUCGAUGAGCAAUCCCGGCGAUGGCAGAGCUGAAACAUCUACCUGAUCUAGCUCUUAAUGCUCUGUUUUAGCUCAUCUAUAUGUCUGUGUGCUAUUAGUCUCCAUGUAGAAGAAGAGAAAGACUCCGUUUUCAUCUCUCUGUCGAUUUAUUAACUAGUUACUCUACUCGUUCAUGUGUCAAUUAAUUCUCCCCAAUCCCCAUAAUGCAAAUUAGGUGUUAUGAUGCGAA